UACUAUCUCGUCGCAGUAGUACACUCUUUGUUGGAUGUGUGCUGUGGAUGACAACCGUCCAGCCCGUCGCAACAACAGCAGCAGCAGCAGCAGCAGCAGCAGCAGAGUAUUUAUCAUCACAGCAGCAGCAGAACGAGGGGAGUGAAGAGGAAGGAGAGAGAAAGAGAGAGAGAGAGAGAGAGAGAUAAAGGAUUUACUGAGCAUGGCUACCCAAACGACAGCAUCAUGCACUGGAUCCACUCUGUUGCAGCCAAUCAGCGAAAUUAUCAAUCUCCCUGUGGAUCAGGUUAACUUUGUGGCAUGUCAGCUGUUCGCCCUGCUGAUGGCCGUGUGGUUUCGGAUCUACCUCCACCCCAGUAAGACCAGUCCUUUCAUCAGACAUGUGGUGGCCACUCUGCUGGGCUUCUACUUGGCUCUCUUCUGCUUUGGCUGGUAUUCCCUCCAUUUCCUGGUGCAGAGUGGUAUCUCCUACAGUGUGAUGGUCUUCGCUGGCCUGGAGCACAUGCACAAGUACUGCUUCAUUGUGACGCUCGGCUACCUGAUAUCAUGUCAGAUCACACGAGUCUACGUGUUCGACUACGGCAUGUACUCUGCAGAUUUUACAGGGCCCAUGAUGGUUAUAACACAGAAGAUUACCAGCUUGGCGUUUGAAAUACACGAUGGUUUGACCAAGCGAGAGGGGCAGCUGACUCCCAGUCAGAAAUACCUAGCUAUCAGGCGGAUGCCCAGCUUGCUGGAGUACUUGAGCUACAACUGUAACUUCAUGGGCAUCCUGGCGGGACCCACCUGCUCUUACAACGACUACAUGGCCUUCAUCGAAGGCACGUGCUAUCAGCCGCGCCACCAGGAGAACGCCAACGGCAAGGAGAACGGGAAGUACAAGCAGAGCGAGCCCUCACCCAAGAAUGACGUCAUCUCCAAGCUGUGUACGUGUGCCGUCUCGCUGGCCAUCUAUCUGUCGCUGUGCCAGCUGCUCCCGGUGGAGCACUCCAUAGACGACGGCUUUGUCAGCGGCACACCGUUCCAUCUUCAGGUCGUCUACCUUUACCUGGCCAUGCUGGCUCUGAGGCCAAAGUACUACUUUGUCUGGACACUUGCUGAUGCUAUCAACAACGCUGCCGGAUUCGGCUUCAAUGGAUACAACAAAGACGGCUCCCCACGGUGGGACCUGAUAUCAAAUCUCAGAAUUCUGGACAUUGAGUUCGCCACCAGUUUCAAGAUGUUCCUAGACAACUGGAAUAUCCAGACAGCUCUUUGGCUCAAAAGGGUGUGCUAUGAGCGCUGUCACAUCAACCCCAUGGCUGCCACCUUCGUGCUGUCGGCCAUGUGGCACGGGGUGUACCCCGGCUACUACCUGACCUUCCUCACUGGCAUUGCCAUGACCAUGGCCGCACGUGCAGUAAGGCACAACAUCAGACCGUACUUCCUGAUCUCUGACACGUACAAGCGCAUCUAUGAUGUCAUCACGUGGGCAUGGACUCAGGUUGCCAUUAGCUACACAGUGGCGCCAUUCGUCCUACUCGCCGUGGGACCCUCACUCAAAUUCUACAGGUCCUGGUACUACUGCUUACAUCUCCUCUGCCUCCUGGUGGUGCUGGCCCUUCCCGUCACAUCGAGACGCCGGCAGGCCAAAGAGCAGCAGGACAACCUCCAGAAGGACAGCCUACAGGACAACCAGACGGACCACAACAGCACAGACAACAACUGCAACCAGAAAGACAAAGCCACAUGAAGGCUCAGGACAAGCAACGCACAGUCCCCUUCAGCAGCAGAGACACUGAGACGAACUACUGAGAGCUGGAGUGUGGCGAGUCUGUUUACCUGAACCAAAUAUCGGACGCUCUGAGAAUCCUAACAGACAGAAAAACACAAGUCAAUGUUCUGUCAAAACUUCCAGUAGCAAGGAUGACAGCAAUCACAGUUUCUGACACGGAUACCAGGAUGUAACAAUGGCCACGGUGUAAACUAACGAGUGAUAGCGGUAACUUUACAUUACAUUAGCGGAUAUAUGAAGACGUCCAAGCUGCCUUAAACCCUCAAUGUACUAUGACAUAACAGUUGGAUAGCACGCUGCAAGACCCUAAAUGCAGAUUAGACGUGCAGUAUGUGGAGGGUUUUUGUCAUUGUCUGGAAACGAGCCUCUGUUAGGUGGAAACGGAAAAGUGUGUUCAUGUAAACGAAACAUAACCUUUAUCAUCAGCUGCCAAUUUCAAACAGGCCUUAGGAUCCUCGAAACAUUGUUUGAUUUCUAUGUCUUUUUUAAAAUCUUUAUUGGAGAAGAAUUCACAUUGUACGUGUUUUGUAUUUAGAUGUUUGUGACAACACUAUUUCAAAUCCAUUCUCAAUGCUUUGUUUUGUUUUCUGGGAUGAAUUGACUUAGAGAGUCCCGAAGUGGAAUUCAGAUCUCGUCCGUCUCCAGGAGUGGAAAAGAGGCACUCAAGAGUUACUAAACGGAUUUCUGUUUCUUUUUAUAUUUUUUCAUAUCUGCUGCUUUUUUUUUUCACGACAAACACGACUCGUCAGAUAAAUGUGUGUUUCAAAGGGAGCUCAUUUACCCUGUUGUGAUUUCUGACCUGGUUUCAGGGGUGUGAUUUAAUUUUUUAUUUUUUUCAUAUUUUUCACACGACAAAUUUCCUCUGUGUUCAAAUGUCUGGCCUCUGUAAUACAAGUAUCCAAAACGAUUUAAUUAACGCAAGUCCUAAACAAUAAAAAUUGUAUAAUUGGGGAAACACAGUGGAUUGUUAACAUCACCGUUGAACACUCGCACAGUUUAAUUGUCUUAAAUCCUACAUCUAUUACAUAAAUCCAGUCAGAUUACCACAUUCACUGAAGACUUAUUUAAUCGUCAAAAGGUUUUGUAGCCAUAAUUAUUAUAAGCCAGUUGAAUGUAAAAGAAGAGUUGCAUAAAAGCACAUUUUGCAAACUAUGUUGAGCGUGCAAUGUGCAUUUGUGAGGAGGAAAUCUGGUUAUUUAUCUAUGUGACAUAAUAUUGUACAAAAUUCAAAGAAAUAGACCAGCUGUGGUGGUCUUAUUUCAUAUUGUGUGCACUUAUGUUAGAGUAGGGGAUGUUUCAGGGUGCAUUUACUGUAGGGUGAAACACUGGUUCCACGCGUUGUUUUGGUUCACGGCUCACCUUAAGCCUUUUCAAAUCAUCCAGUUUAUAACAAGCAGCAGUUCAAACAGCCGCCCCCUGUGCUACAUUUCUGCAUCAUUAGACAUUUUUAUGGAUUAAGUGAAGGAAAUGUGGUGCAGAGGAGGCAACCUGAAACCUCACUGUUGUUUGGACAGUCAAAAGACACAUUUUUACGUAUCUGUUAGAGCAGGAAAUAGCCUGGGGGAUUUCAAGUCCACGAUAUCAUAAACACUUUGACGUUUUUUUCUUCUAAUUGUCAGUAAUUUGAGUUGGUUUGGUGCAUUUGCGUUAUGUAAAAAUAAUAACAAAAGCAGCAGAGGUGUCAUUUCUUUUUAAGAUUUUCUAACAUUUGCAUAUUCCUGCCAUAACUGUGUGUGUACCAGUAUUCAUGUGAUCCGUACAUGUCGAUGUUGGUCUCAUGUAAACUAUAUUUGUAGCCUGGGCCCCCGUGUAGGCGAGCGUGGCCGAAACUUAAAAGGAAAGGGACGUCAUUCUACAAACAUAGCGAUUAUUGCACUGCAUGGCCACCCGAACCAGCAGAUCAAUGCAAAACGGCUCCAUAUGUCCAAAGUGCCAAAUCAUGAAUGGCGCAUUUUUUUGUUUCGUGUGUAUGUGAGCAUGUGUGCCUGGCUGCGUGUGUGUGUUUGUGUGUGCAAAUGUCUCCAUGUAGUGUGUGUGUGUGUGCGCCUGUGUAACAUAACGGUUAUUUUUGUGUCAGAAGGAAAUUUAUUGAAAGAUUUGUAUAACAGUACAUUAAAAAUUCUGAUUUAUGUGGCAAAAAUAAAGAGAAAUUAUUUUUAAACACUAAAA